GCCAUAUAAAACUGUUAUAGGUUAUUUUAACUUAUAAUUAGCAACAUCUGAUAGUUGAUAAAUAAUUAUUAAUUAAUAUUUAAGCACAUAAUAUUAUGUUCGUCGGUCAACAGAAUAAAUCACCAAAACGCCGCUUUUGGUCCCACUUUACUACUCUUUUGUGGAAAAGUUAUAUGCAAAGGAAGCGGCUGUGGCGACUGCUUCUCCUAGAGAUCUUUCUCGCCUUGCUCUUGAUCGGCCUCUCCAUCAUCGUCUCCAGACCCAUAUUCCUCACCCCAGUGCGGGAGACAGCAGAGCCUGCACUGAAGACGGAGGAUAUUAUACAAGCGCUCGACAAGGACACCUACCUCGGGUAUGCCCCGGCUGAGGAGCCGUAUGAGAGCAUCAUGAAGAAAGCUGCUGAAUACCUUCAGAUACCUGUGAGGGGCGCUAAGAGUAUAACAGAAUUGGAAGAUAGUUUGUAUCUCAACUACUCCCGAUCUGAAGGCGUUGUGCGUUUUCCCGUCGUAUGGAUCAUCUUCGAUUCAGAAACCGGCAACAACUUCUGGAAGUUCAAGAUCCGUAGUCGGGCGUCUCCGGGCGCCUUUGUGGAGACUUACAAGGAGGUGACGGACGAGCUGCAGCAGCAGCUGGAGUCUGGGCUGCUGGCGGCGCAGGUGGCCGUCAGCCAGGCCGUCCUGCAACGCGCCGCGCCAGGGGCUAACUAUGAGGUGCGUCUCCAGCCGAUGCCCGAGUCCCCGCUGACGCAGGAGGUGGCGGUGAAGCGGGCGCUGGUGUGGAUGCUGCUGUGCCUGGCGCUGGCGCUGCUGCCGCCUGUGCUCGACACCGUCGCUCUUGUAGCCAGUGAGACUAACAACGGAUUCAAGCGUGCCCUCUGCCUCCGCGACGUGGACUUUUCAGUAAUAUACCUCGGUUGGCUAUCGUACGCUUUCUUCACGACUCUGCCAGUAUGUAUGAUCACAGCCAUAUACCUGAUAUUCACCUUCCGAUGGAUCAAGUUGUGGAGUACUUUCCUAUUCGUGAUGUCGUACCAACUGGUGAUGCUGAUGAUGGCCUUCAUCCUGACUAUGUUUCAUGAUACAGCUGCCAUGGCGUGUAUUUGGGUGGCUUCAAUGGUGGUGGCACAGAUGUUCAUUUGCCUGCAGUUCGCGCACUACAACUUUGGCUUCCUCUCUAUGUUCCUACAAGUUUUCAUGCCGCCUAUGGGGCUCAGCAAUGCAAUGCACAGCUUUGCGUUAUUGCAGAUUGGACGAGGCGAAAGCACAACAUUAGAUUCCACCCCAAUCUAUGUGACGAACUGGUGUUGGGUGCUGGUGUCCAUCUUGUACUUCGGAGUGCUGAUGAUGAUGCAGAGGACCCUCGGCAGGCAGCGAGCUAUUAGGGGUCAGGUGCCGUGGAAGUCUUUAUUCAAAUGGAAAAAAGCGGCUCCUCAGCUGCACCACGUGUACGUCCCGACGGGCAAGGAGCGAGAGCCGCUGCAAGAGGUCGACGAACUCGUGGCCAAGGCCAUCAGCUUCAACAACGUCUCGAAGGAAAGCAUGGGAGCGGUCCAUCUGCAGGACGUGACACUCGAUAUCUACCGAGGCGAGUACAGCAUGCUUUAUGCCGAACGCAUCCAGAAGAGCACGCCCAGGACUCUGGAAGACUUGAUCACUGGUCUGACCCUACCAGACGAGGGUACCAUCAACAUCCUGGGCCGCCGGCUGGACGGGCAAAGCGUGGUGGCGCCGCACAUGCUGGGCUACUGCCCCCACGCGAUCUCGCUACUGCCCGACCUCACUGUGCAGGAGCAUCUCUACUUGUUCAUUGCUAUCUCGAUGUGGAACGAGUCGUCGUACUUCAUGGAAGAGUACGCUCACAUCCGUCAACAGCGGCUGCUGGCGGAGUGCGGGCUGGAGGCGGUAGCCCUGGUGAAAGUCAGUCUUCUGUCCACCUACUACCAGGCACAGGUGUGCUGGGCGCUGGCCAUGUUACUGGAGCCCAGGGUGGUGUUCAUACCGAAUUUUACUGAUAAACCUGUGUACGUAAAAGUUAUAAUCGAUAAAAUAUUGCAAUACCAAAAACAUUUGACGAUCGUGCAAACCUGCAUAUCCAGCAUACGACUGGAGUACGCAGACCGAGUCUUCAUAUUCGACCACCAUCGUCUGAUAUUCGGGGGAACUCCAGCCUACAUGUACUUCAAAUAUGGUCGUCAAUACCGUGUCCGUUUAAAUUUGACCGGGAACAGAAGUGAGCAACACGACGAGAACAUGUCCGAUCUCGUGAAGAGGAUCAGAGCAGCCGGUGGUUCUAUAUCCAUCAAGUUCCGAACUCUGCUCAUAUGCCGACUGCCCGUCAGCCCGACCGAUUCUAUAGAGGAUCUGUUACGGCAUCUGAAGGAAAAUGCCAGGCAGUACGGCAUUAAAGCUGUGCACCUUCAUUUGCCAGACUCUGAAGAAAUUUGUAGAAGAGCGAUUUCAGAAUCAACGAAAACUGUAAGAAAUAAACCGGCAUCAAAAAAUUCUAUGGAAGCACUGCAUAUAAUUACCAGAUACCCAACAUGGACGCGAGCCAAGGGAAGCUUCGGAAAACAUUUUAAAUAUACGGGAUUUAAAUUCUUCGCAUGUCACAAGAAUUACAUAUUUGCAUUUCUAUUUACUUUGCUCUCGAGCAUCCUGCUCGGCGUGCUGAUGGGUCAGUCGCUGACGGUGCAUCCGGCGGAGCUGGCGGCGCGCGCCGGGGUCGCCACGGAGCAGGACCAGCUGCUGACGGUGGAGGCCGCGCGCCAGCGGACCACCGUGGUGCUGCGGGCCUCCAGCACCCCCGCCGCGCUGGACGUUGCUAAUGCGUACAUUAUGUCUGAUGAAAGAUCUGGUGAUAAUGGGCAUGUAACGUAUACAAGUUUGAAUAGUACCGACAGUUUGACAGAAUACCUGAUGAUUCAAGCGAUCCACUCGCCUCAGCAGUAUGUGUAUAAGUACGCUUACGGAAUGGAGGUAGAAGAGGUACAGGCUGCUGGUGGCACUAAAUUAAUAGUGGAAGCGAAGUACAGUCCGUUCCACGUAGACCGGCACGGCGCGGCGCGCUCGCUGGCCCGAGUGUACAUGGCUCUGCUGAGACACUACACAGACACUCUCGACGCUAACAUACAUGUCGUCAACAAACCGCUGUCGAUGGAUAAGAAGCCGUGGCUACUCGAUGAAGCGAUUCCGCCGUUCCUGAUCCAGGUUCUGAUGCUGCUCACAGUUUCACAUGUGCUGUUGCUACCGUCUUUGGAGAAUGGGUUAAUUAGACAUACUCAGCGUCACGCUAUUAACUUUUCCCCCUUUCAAUAUUGGGCGGCGCUAUAUCUGUGGGACCUGAUCCUCUUCAUGAUAAUGAUUGUGAUGAUAUCAGGGAUUAUCUUCGUAAUCAUGCAUAUCGUCGUACCCUGGUACAAAUUUGGGCCAAGUGAUUAUUUGGUAAUCCCAACGAUUCUUGUGGCCUAUGGAGUUGGAGCAAUACCUCUGGCUUACUUGUUCAGCUUGGGACACAACCCUACAAUGAAUCUCCUACUUUACAUAAUAAUCAACUUUAUUUGUGGGGAAACCACAUUUCUUAGCGCCUUCUUUGUAGUUUACAAUGUCGAUUGGAUAGAGUAUGUACUGUACAUGCUUUCCCCACAGUUUACCGUAUUUUAUGCAUUUCUGAAAAUUAAGUUGAUUUUUCUGAAUAAUGGGGAGUGUAUGAUCUUUUCGAAGGAUCUAAUAUGUCAAAUGAAACCGCUCCAAAAAUGUUGCUCCAAAUGCGGAGUUUUGCAGGCUUGUUUUGAAAAGAAGUCUUACUUCACAUUCAAAGGAGGUGUGCUAGAAGAUAUAAUCGCAUUGAUCGUGGCUGGAACAGUUUACUUCACUAUUUUAAUGCUCUGGGAAUAUUGGAUCAUAAAGAAGAUUAUAAACAAAGUGCUGACGGAUUGGAUAUUUCCGGGACGAAUAGUAAUACACGAGCAAAUGCCUGGGCUUAUUGAAGAGAAACGAAAAGUAAUGGAGAAAGUUUACCAACUUAAAGACCGAGACGUACCAACCACAAAUCCAUUCGGAGAAUACCUACUUGUGAACGGAGUGUCCCUGAAACAGCACGGUUUGUUCUCCCUCACCAACAUCUACCUGGGCGUGGGGCGCGGCGGCGCGCUGGCCGUGUCUGGCAUCGGGCGGCACGGCCGCGUCGCCCUGUGCGAGCUGCUGGCCGGCUACCGGCUGCCUACUGGUGGAGAUGCCCUCGUCAUGUCCAAGUACAGCCUGUGGAGGAGCCCCCACAAGUACUCUCAGCAUGUGUCGCUAUGCUGCGGACGCACGCCGCUGCCGCCGUGGCUGGCAGUGCGGCACGCGCUCGAGCUGAUCGCGGUGCUCAGGGGAAUACCCAGGAAGGCGGUCAAGGGAAUCGUCCGCAACUACAUUGACGCUUUGGAUCUUUCGGAUCAAGCACACAUGCAAGUUCGAUUUUUAAGUCACUACGAUCGCCAGAAGUUCCAUUUCUUGACGGCGGUGAUCGCGGCGCCUCCGGUCAUCGUUCUGGACGAAUAUGUGUCUCAGCACCAAUCUGUGGCAGUUCGGGAGGCUAUUUACUCCAUACUGUAUCACUUGAGCAAGCGUGGUCAUGCUGUAAUAGUUGCGGCUAGCACUGUACGUUUAAACUUGCCGGUAUCAGAUCGGCUGGCGAUCAUUCUGAAUGGCAACAUUUACGACAUCGACCACAUCGACCGACUGAUACACAUGUAUGGCACUGAGGGAUUCAUUGUGGUGGUGCACCUGAAGAAUGAUGUGGACGUCGCCACCAUGUUCGCAGAAUACUUUGAUAGCUUUCACAUAAAUGAUGCUACUGAGGUGCUAGUAAACGUGCAAGUGUACGACGCCGGCCUUGACUGGGCGGAAGUCUUCUCGAGAAUGGAGCGACUGCAGUCCCACCACCACGACGUCUACUCCUAUAUCAUCACCUCCAUCCCCAUAGAUUUCAUCUACAACUCGAUCAUCUUAAAAGAGACAUGGAACUCUUUAACUUUAACCCCUUACCCAUGCAUUUUCAAAAGGAUAUUCUCAAGAGGCGGGCGUAAGAGGCAACCAACACCGGAGUUAGUAGAAAGUCUGAAGACAUUCGACCCUAAGUACAGUGUUAAGUAUCUUAAUGAACUCCCAUGGUCGGUUGUGUUCCACAAAUGAAGAGAGUGUUGGUGUGACUGAAUAAGAAAUGUUUUUAAGUUAUUGUUUGUUGUGUAAGCAUGUCUUUUGUUAUGUUUUAAGUUAUAAGCUGGAUGCUAUAUAGUAUUUGUUUUAGUUAAAUAAUAACUAUUUUAAUAGAU